CCCGCCCUCUUAAGUUUGGCGCCACCCUGAAAAGUUCACCAAGCCGAGACGCCGGCGGGGAGAUGGCCGGCCAAUCCGAUCCUUGUCUUUCUUUGUUCUCUGCUGCCGAGGUUGAGUUUAUUGCGGAAGAUGAGUUGGUAGAUGUUGUUCCCAAUAUGAAGAUGGACGCCCUCCAUAUGUUCUGUGGCGUUUUUGGGCCAUUCUAUCCACAAAUAGCUGCCAAGGUGCCACUGUGGCUAGCAGUUGCCCUGAAGAAGCGAGGAAAGUGUAGAAUUCAACCACCUGACUGGAUGAGCAUUGAAAAAUUGACACAUGUCUUGGAUGCUGAGCGCGAGUCCCCUAGGGAAUUCCAGCCAUUGCCUUUUCAUUAUGUUGAGAUUUCAAGGCUAUUGUUUGAUUAUGCUCAUGAUGACAUACCAGAAAUGUGUUUGGUACGAUCUGCACUGGAAGACAUCAGAAAUGUUAGAUUUCACAAGGUUGAGAAUGGCUUAGCUACAAUUUCUGAUCGUACUCAUGCUGUGAAGUUAAAAAAUCUCUCUGCAAUGGAAGUGAACAUAAUACGUCCUUUCAUCAUCAGAGCUUUGCAGGCUUUCUAUAAACAUGACAGUCCUGAGAUGAUACACCAACCAACGUCACAAGAUAACAGGCCACGAGUAGCUGAUAAUGCUCCACGUCGUACUCUGCGUCCUCGAUAGAUGCUGAUGGCUGCCACUCUUCUGGUGUCCUUUUAACAAUGACUAACUGGAUGAUGAUGUUGAUAACAAUGACUGACUGGAUGAAAAUGUUGAUCUAUUCCUUGGAGUAGCUAUUGCUGCCAAUCGUUAUAUGUAUCAUGGUAUGCAUAUUUAGACUUACGUCAUCAAUCAUGGUACCUUUUGCAUUUCAACAUAUUGAGAUGCCAUAUUAUUGCUUUUUCAUAUUUUUUUCAUGCUUUUUCUCUAGAUUUUCUGCCACUUUGACAAGACAAUCUUGUCUACCUGUGUUUUCUUAUAUUACUACUGCGAGCUUGAUAGCAUUAGUUUAUUCUUACUUA